AUGGAGGCAACGAAAGAAAGAAUGGAAAAUGAACAUAACAAGAGGAGAGACGAAUCUGCCGUCAACAGUGAUGCAGGAAAGGCCGAAGACACGGUCAGAGCGAUCGUUCGCGAAUCCAUAGUUGAAGGCGGAAGCGUCGACGGUAACAGAGACGGAGGUGAUAACGCUCGUAAGCCGGAGGACAUUCUUGCUUUCUCAAGAACCGUACGGAAGAUUGAUUCCUCGCUUGAGUAGUUUUAUGUAUUCUGUUUUUUUAUUUUCCUUCUUACUUUUUGCUUCGACAUGUUCAUUUCUUCUUUUACUAUCAAUC